UUUUUCUCUUCUUCUUCUUCUUCUGUUGCUGCUCUUAGAAAAUAAUAAUAAUAAUAUUAUGCAGUUAGUUAUGCAGUUUGUCUCAUUCGUGCAAUCGUUUUAUUUUCACACGAUUUGUAAUAUUUACAAUCAAGAGCAGAGCAUUAAAAUAGUCUUUUAAUAGCCAGCGCCAAAUAAACACUCAUUUACAAGUUACACACUUGUAAAAGCAACAACAACAAUAACGAAAAUAUAAACAAAUAAUAACAAUUGUUAAAGAAUUGACUAAAAUUCGCAAAAAAAAAAAACAAAGUAAAAAAAGCGCAUUCAAAAAAAAUUCCGUGAAAAUUCAUAAAGAGAAAGAGAGAGCGAAAUGUAAAGUUUAAAUUUCAACGCUUUUGGAUUAUUAAACUCAAUAAAUGUUCAACACGUUUGUGUUCUGGUUGGUUUUAAUGGUGGACAACGUCAUCAUUAUUGUGCGUUCGUUGAAGCAAAUUGGGUCAUUUAGAGCAGGCAAGGUUAAAGAGAUUUUAACCAGCCGAGAGUAAGAGAACAUAAACAAAAAAAAAGAAAAACAAAAUGGUGCCGAAAUAACGGGCAACGUUACUUCGACACACUCUACAAUAUAAAAAUGUAAACAAACACUGUGAAAAAACACACACACAAACAUAAAAAUCCAACAAAUACACAAAUAAAAGAAAGCAACUUUUGCAACAUAAAAAAGAAGAAGAACAACAACAAAAGGACACCUUGCCUUUAAAUAGGAUAAUGAAUUUAUCACCGAUGAUGUACCGGCUAAAUCAUGCGCAAGGACAAAAGUUGCCCAUGGCAGCUGAACAACAACAGCAAUCGCAACAACACCCACAGCAGCAGCAACAGCCGACGACAACACCACAAACAACACCUCCGACUCCCACACAAUCACAGCAACAACAAAUAAUACCCAGUCAUAUAUUAUUGCAACAACAGUUGGAUGCUGCCUCAGCGAAUACCAACAGCUCUAACAGCAACAGCAACAGCAACACCACCAUCUCCAACUCACACAGCAUUACUCAUCACUCAAACAAUGAGCCUGUUUUUCUAAAUAAUUUUACUGAACAAGAAUCUAAUACACCACUAGCCUUAAGACAGGCUUCUAAUGCCAGCAGCACCUCCAACUCAGCACUACUUCAUACCAUACAUCAGCAUCAUUCACAUACACAUCAAGCGCCACCAACACCGCCCAAUCACUCGCGUCUCAUACACUCUACUGCAGCCAAUAAUCUGGUCAUUACAAAUGCUGCAGCAGCUGCUGCAUUGGUGGCUGCCUCUGCUGCUGCAGCUGCUGCCAAUCAAGUGGAUGUUUUAUCCUCUAAUUCUUCCGUUGAAGAGAAUUUAAAGCUUUUAAAGACUGCCAUUAAAUCAGAACCCUUACCACACGAUCUUAACUCCGCCAACAAUAGCAAUCACAACAACCAUAAUAAUGUCAACAAUCUCAGCAGCAAUAAGGAAGAUCUUAUAAGUUUAGCUGCCUGUUCAGCUUUGGCUAAUGUUGUCAUACCUGCCUCUUCAGCUAAUGCUGCUGCCUCUUCAUCCACCUCCGUCUCCUCAACAAUGUCUUCGGCUAAAGCUAAUGUUUUGAAAAAUGUUUCUACUUCAGCCUUAAGUAAUGCCAUAACACAAGUGGCUCUUGCUGCUGGAGCAGGCAAUGGUGGUAGUGUUUCUGCUAGUGGUGGUGUUGUCAGUGCUGCUGCUGGCUCAGUGGCUGGUGCUGGUGGUGAAGCAUUGACUUCUUCAAAUGGCAGUAUGGUAUUUGUACCAUCAAAAAGAGCGCGUAUGGAAUUAAGAGAAGAAUGGAUAUCAACUCCUAGUCCUGGCAGUGUACCCAGCACAGCACCAUUAAGUCCAUCUUCAGCAUCACAAAAUCACAUGUAUGGCGCAAAUAUGUCAAAUGGCUAUGCAUCACCUAUGUCAGCGGGCAGUUAUGAUCCAUUUAGUCCGAAUGGUAAAACAGUGUUUAAAUACGAGUGUGUGAGUGAGUACGAGAGGGGUUUUUGGGGUAAGAAUAAGAGAUGUUUAUGGAAAUUUCAAAAUAAUUACAAAGUAAAAAAGAAAAAUUAAUAACAAUUAAAAAAUAUUUUAUGAAAAAAAAACUGAUAAGAAUUAAAAGAAAAAACAUUUAUAGCUGAAGAUAAAGUAAUAUAAAAGAAUUAAAAAAAUAAUAAAUUUAUAACAUUUUAAAGUGAAAUUAAAAAACAAAUAACUAAAGAAUUAGUUAACAACAAGUGUAAUAUAACAGAUCUUGCAGAUUAACCCGCUAAGAAAAGAGCGCUAUACUUACUCUCUGUGAAAAUAUAAAAAAAGAGAACCUAAAGACAAAACAAUAACAAUAACAAACCAUAUAAAUGGUGAAAUUACUCGUUUUGUUUACAUUAUUUUAUGAUGCAAAGAAGAGUGCUAAUUUUUCACCAAAAACAAACAAUAAUAUUAUACUAAAUUGAUAGGAGAUCGUAAAACCCGAAUGACUUUGAGUGACUGAGCGAAAACAAAAUUUUGUGUAUAUAUAGCUUAAAACAUUAUUAAGGUCUAUGUGGAAACACAAAACACUCAGUCAUUAAUUGACUCUUGAUCAUUUAACUUUAUCGAAAACAGUGUAUAACGGAAAGGAAGUAAAGUGGAAAAAAAGGAUCUUUAAAAAGAAUCCUAGUGUUAAAUUUAUUAUUUUAAUUUAUUUCUUUUUUCAAAAAACAAAAACUAAAU